AAGAGGGACGCCGGCUCGAGGAUUUAUAGCAACAUCACCAGCUUCUCAGCCGUCACCAGCCGAACUGAUAGAAAUGCAGAAUGAUGUCUUUAAUAAAGAGAAAAACAGGCAGUUGUCGCUGACUCCCCGAACCGAGAAGAUUGAAGUUAAACACGUUGGGAAAACUGACCCUGGCACUGUGUUUGUGAUGAAUAAAAACAUUUCGACUCCUUACAGUUGUGCCAUGCAUUUAAGUGAGUGGUACUGCAAGAAGUCCAUUCUGGCUCUUGUCGACGGACAGCCGUGGGACAUGUAUAAGCCUUUGACCAAGUCCUGUGAGAUUCAGUUUCUUACUUUCAAAGACCGUGAUCCAGGAGAAGUUAAUAAGGCUUAUUGGCGGUCUUGUGCCAUGAUGAUGGGCUGUACAAUAGAGAGGGCAUUCAAAGAUGAAUAUGUGGUCAGUUUGGUCAGAGCUCCAGAAGUGCCUGUAAUCGCUGGAGCCUUCUGUUAUGAUGUAGUUUUGGAUAAGAGACUUGAUGAGUGGAUGCCAACAAAAGAGAACUUACGUUCUUUCACAAAAGAUGCUCAUGCUUUAAUUUAUAAAGACCUCCCAUUUGAAACUCUGGAAGUUGAUGCGAAAGUGGCCUUAGAAAUAUUUCAACACAAUAGGUAUAAAAUCGAUCUCAUAGAGGAGAAAGCAUCUCAGAACCCUGAGAGAAUAGUCAAGCUGCACAGAUUUGGUGACUUCAUUGAUGUGACUGAGGGCCCUCUUAUUCCAAGAACAAGUAUUUGUUUCCAGUUUGAAGUGUCAGCGGUUCACAAUCUUCAGGCCACCGGAUCAAGUCUUGUACGAAGAUUCCAGGGUCUCUCCUUACCUGUUCAUUUAAGAGCACAUUUUACGAUAUGGGAUAAGCUAUUGGAAAGGUCUCGGAAACUGGUAACCGAAGAUCAAAGUAAACCUACAGAUGAAAGUACAUCUACCUAGUAACACCUAAAAUUUAAACAUGUGUAGUAAAUUAAAAUAAAAGUUUUCUGUGUACCAUUUGUGUGCUUAUAAAGAUCCACUGUCUUUUUCUAA